CUCACUGGGCUGUAUCCCUCGGCCCACUUGGCGCAACAGCUCGGAUGAUCGAAAGAUCUCGGCCGUCCAAGCUAGGGAUCGCUUAUAAACUCCCAACCCUAGCCUAAACCCCCGCUCCCCUGCCGCCGCAUCCUCUUCGUCCUCCCCCUCCCCUCCGCCGCAGUGCAGGUAAGAAGGGGUCGAAAUGGUGAAGCAUAACAAUGUUAUCCCUAACGGACACUUCAAGAAGCAUUGGCAGAACUAUGUCAAGACCUGGUUCAACCAGCCUGCCCGCAAGCAGAGGCGCCGCAUUGCUCGUCAAAAGAAGGCUGUGAAGAUCUUCCCUCGCCCAACAUCUGGUCCUCUUCGUCCCAUCGUGCAAUGCCAGACACGGAAGUACAACAUGAAGGCAAGGGCUGGGAGAGGCUUUACCCUUGAGGAGCUGAAGUCAGCGGGCAUUCCGAAGAAGCUAGCUCCUACUAUUGGCAUUUCUGUGGACCACCGCCGUAAAAACCGGUCACUUGAGGGUAUGCAGUCUAACAUUCAGAGACUCAAGACUUACAAGGCCAAGCUGGUUAUCUUCCCAAGGCGUGCUCGCAAGGUUAAGGCUGGUGAUUCUACCCCUGAGGAACUUGCCACAGCCACCCAGGUCCAGGGUGACUACAUGCCUAUUACUCGUGGUGAGAAGCGCUCGGUUGAGCUCAUGAAGGUCACCGAGGAGAUGAAGGCGUUCAAGGCCUACGGCAAGCUCCGUGUCGAGAGGAUGAACCAGUGCCAGCUCGGUGCCCGCAUGAAGAAAGCCGCCGAGGCAGAGAAGGAAGAAAAGAAGUGAUAAGAUAUUUUGUUUCAUUCUGCAGCUAGUGAAUGUUAUCAUCGGGAACUUGUUCUAAAUUUUGUUUUGGGGCUGGAAAAAGAGACCAGCGGAUGGCUUUGAUACCUGGUACUUGUUUGCAUGAUAUGCUGUUCAGUGUUACCCUUGUUGGCAUAAUUCGUGGAGGUCAACCAGUAUUAUUCUCUGAUUUA